GAAAAUGUUGCAUUUACGGAGGGGGAGGAUGUGGUUGACGACAAUUGACCCCCCCACAGACACACCCACACACACAGGCCGGGCCUUCUUUGUCUGCUGACACACGUGGGGCUCACUGAGUGAGUUUAUAAAGCCUCUUUGCGGUUGCCGGCUGCUCACUAAAGGGAUACUUGACGAGGAGCAAGAUGAUGAAGACGUCUGCUGUGCUGCUGGUGCUGCUGGUAGUUGCCUCACGCUCUGUGGCCAAGUCCAAAAAUCGCUUCAUUCGCUAUCCAUCCUGGAACACCAAGCUUUACCCAAUAUGGAAAGUUGGAGACCCCCGUUACGCAGACUCUUGGAAAGGUGGAAAGGUAACAUUCAAUGUCGCCAACGACUCCCCAACUCUGACCGGAGCCAAAGUGACCUUCACCAUUGACUUGGAAUUCCCCCACAACCAAAAAGUACAAGCCGAUGGAGACGUGGUUUGGGCACAAGACUGCGUUGUAAACGGAACCAAAUUUCUGGCAUCCGAAACCAUUUUUCCAACUCCGAAAACAGACUGGGAAGCAGUUUUUCCCGAUGGGUCACCAAUCAAGAAGGACACAAAGCCCAACUAUGUGUUUGUCUGGAAGACCUGGGGUCAGUACUGGCAGGUGGCAGACGGUCCCUCAUCCACCCUUACUAUCGACACAACUGACAUUCCACUGGGCUCCUACACCAUGGACAUCGUCAUCUAUCACUACCGGAGCAAAGAGAAGUUCAUUCCUCUGGGUUAUGCCUCCACACAGUUUUCCAUCACAGAUCAAAUCCCAUUUGCCGUCUCCCUGAACCAAGUGGACGACAUCCUGUCUGGGGACAUGAGUUUCGUCCUGAACAGGGCCAUUGCCUUCAGCGUCAGCCUGCACGAUCCCAGCCAAUUCCUGAGCGACGCCGAUAUCACCUUCAACUGGGACUUUGGGGACACCAGCGGGGCUCUCAUUUCCAGAGAGCUGACCGUCACGCAUACCUACGUGAGCGCCGGCUCCUUCAAGCCCCGCGUGGUGGUCCAGGCGGUGAUUCCAGACAAGGCUUGCAUCCCUCCUGUGGAUACCACAACCAAGGCCCCCGCGCCACCCAGUGAUCAGGAAACCUCAGCUGCCGUAGUCCCCCCUCUGGGUUCCAGUAAAGUAAUCGGUUUGAGGACCAACGCAAUUCAUUCAGACACGGAGGAGGAAACGAGUGAAGACGAGACCUCCACCGCUCAACCCGCCCAAGAAGGGGCUCCAGCCGCUAGAACUCCUUCCCCCACCAACGAGGCACACGCUGACCCUGCCACUAACACUUUAAGCGAGGAGGCGGGCAAUGAUGUAGAGAUGGAAGGCCAAUCUGCGGUUGUUUUCGUCGUCAAAAGGGAAACAAAGGACAAACCCACCGAGGAUGACUGUGUGACAUAUCGAUAUGGCUCCUUCUGCGCUGACAUUCAAGUGGUUGAGGCCGUCCACAAAGUCGAAAUUGUACAAAUGGACAACAGCAUGACAGCAAGACCAGGAAUGAAGAACAAUGCUAUUGAUCUCACUGUAACCUGCCAGGGAAGCUUCCCCAAACAGGUGUGCAGCAUGAUUCUGGAUGCAGAGUGCUUGAAGCCCAUUCACAGCACCUGCAACAUGGUGGAGCCCUCCAAAGAGUGCCAGAUGGUAUUGCAUCAUUUCUUCAACAGCUCCGGCAUCUACUGCAUCAACGUGUCCAUGGCCAACGACGUCAGCCUGGCCGCCACCAGUGCAAAAGUUAACAUUGACAUGGGCUCGGAGCUGUCCUCCUCCAGCAUUAUCAUCACCGUGCUGGGUGCCACGCUCCUCGUUUUGUCUUUAGGAGGAGUGGCAUUUUCUUACAAGCGGCUGAAGUCCUACCACCAUCUGAAAGAAGACAUCAGGGGAGGCGAGGACCCUCAGUCUGGCUGGUAUCUCAGUGGUUCCACAACAUCAAUGCUGUGGAAGAUGUUCAACAGGCGGGGGGGAGUGGUCGAUCAGCAUCCCCUGCUGCAGGACAGACUAGUGUGAACAAGGCCCCAGAGGGCAUCUCCAUGUCACAGCUUCUCCUCACUGCUCCCUUUUUGUACUUUUUUUUUUUUUUUUAAAGAUACCCUUUUUUUAAGAUUGAACACAUGUAUCAGUUUCUUGUGAAUCAAAUACAUUGUUUAAUUACACCAGAUUAAUGUCCUCAAAAUUUUGGUAAUCAAAACAAUGAAUCA